GAAUUAUUGGAAGCGUCAUAUAAUUACGAUCGAACUUCAAGUUUCACAAUUCUUAUAUGACUAUGAUUCAUAUGCCUAUUUUGUUUCUGGCUUUUGGUGGAGGAAUAGCGAUUAUAGCUGCCCUAUAUUUUGUAAUGACUGAAGUAGAUCCGAAAUUUAACUGUUCUAUGUAUUUAAUUAUGACGACAACAUUAUUAUUUUAUUUUACAUAUUGUUACUAUGGACAGUUAUUAACAGAUGAGUCUGUAAAAUUCUAUGAAGCUCUUUGUGAGAGUCCUUGGAUUUACUGGAACAAGAAAAAUCGCCAGAUGUUAUUGAUGAUGUUGGUAUGUACAAGACAACCACUCGAAGUUACUUGCUACAACAUAAUGUCACUUAACUUUGCGCUCACUUUGGCUGCGAGCCGUUUCUGCUACAGUGUUUUUACAAUUGCACGACAAUUUUGAUUAUUGAUACAAAAUCUGCAAGCAUAUAAUAGGCACUAUGGUUAUGCAAUUAUUAAUACACAGCA